CAGCGCAACAUGAAGCGGAAUGGCAGUCGAAGCUGCGUGACGAGAAAGACCAGGUUUGGAUCACGAGAGCGGGACUGGCUGAAGGGAGACACCCAGCGGGGCUGUGUGUGUCUGUAUGGGGGAACAGUAGACCCUCAGCCACCUGCCUCUGGCCCACAGGCCUCUUCUACCCCUCAGACAGACCUGCAGUUGGUACUCUGCUCCACCAGUACCACGGUGGAGGAGCUGUGUGCUCAGAGAAACGGACAUGCACUUUAUGUUCAACUGCAUGGAGACCUAGUCAGGAGGCUGGAUCCCUCUGAGCGUCCGCUCCAGUUGGUGUAUGACUACUUGGCAUCGAUGGGCUACGCAGACCCCGUACGAGUGCAGCAAGAGGCGGCCAACUCAGACCUCAGCUGUUUGAUCCGUUUCUACAGCGAGCGUCCAGUGAAUGCAGACCAGCAGGAGCGGACCUUGUUGAAAGGUGUAUUCAGCGUCAGGAAAGGCAAGACUCAGCUGCACAAGUGGGCCGAGCGGCAGGUCAUUCUCUGUGGCACCUGUUUGAUCGUGGCCUCUGUGAAAGACAGCCUCACUGGGAAGAUGCACAUCCUGCCCCUGGUGGGGGGAAAGGUGGAGGAGGUGAAGCGGAGGCAGCAUUGUCUGAUGUUCAGCUCAGCUGGGUCACAGGCCCAGACAUACUUUGUCAACUUUGACACACUCACAGACUACCAGCGAUGGCAUCGGCAGGCGUCAAAAGUGGUGUCUCAGACGGUAAGCCUGGUGGACUUGUCCUGCUACAGUCUGGAAGCAGUGCCUGAAUAUCUGUUUUACAGUCAGGACAUCACCCACCUCAACCUACGACACAACUUCAUGAGCCUGCAGGGACCCGGAGGCCUGCUCAACCUCCCCAGGUUUUCUCAGCUGAAGAGCCUGAACUUAUCUCACAACCGUCUGGGUGUGUUCCCUGAGUGUGUGUGCGAGAUCCUCACCCUAACUGAACUCAACCUCUCCUGUAACAGUCUCCACACCAUCCCUGUACAGAUAGGCAACCUUCAAAGCCUGCAGACGCUGUCUUUGGAUGGAAACCACCUCAGCUCCCUGCCUGAAGAGAUGGGUGGCCUGUUUCAGCUCAACAGCCUGGGGCUUUCCUUCAACAGCUUCUCUCACGUCCCUGCUGUGCUGGAGAGAUUGAGUGCAGUCGACAAACUGGCUAUGGCUGGGAACAGAGUGGAGAGUCUGGAGUUGUGUACUCUAGUCGGAAUGAGCCACCUGAAAAAUAUUGACCUCCGGCUGAAUGGAUUGCAGUGGGUGAAAAGUGAGAGUCUGGAGGUAGUGAGCCAGGUGACUCAACUGGACUUACGGGACAACUGCUUGGACUCUCUAGACCUCAGCUCUGUCUGCAACCUGGAGACUCUGCACUGCCAACGCAACCAGCUGGGGACACUCACACUCAGUGGUUUCACACUGCGCAUGCUUCAUGCCAGCAGCAACCGCCUUACAACAGUCAACAUCUAUCCAGUCCCUAACCAGCUGACGCACAUGGACCUAUCACAGAACCUCUUGGAGUACCUUCCAGACUGGGUGUGUGACUGCAGAAAAAUCGAGAUGCUGGACAUUACAAGCAACCUCCUGUCUGAGCUUCCUUCCAGCAGACUGCUCAACAGCUUGAGUUUGAGGAAGCUGCUGACAGGGUACAAUCAUUUGCAAAGAGUGCCUGACCUCCUUGACCAUGUACCUCUGGAAGCCUUGGACCUCCAGCACAACAUGCUAGCUGAGCUUCCAGAGAGCCUGUUUCUGAAGGCCUUAAACCUGAAAUACUUAAACGUGUCAGCCAAUGCCUUGGAAAGCAUUCCUCCGAGCAGCCAAUCAGAGGAGAGCCUCAGCACACUCCAGGAGCUCUACCUGACGGGGAACAACCUGAACGAGAACUGUGGCGCCCUGCUGGUUGGACACCAGAACCUGCGGAUCCUCCACAUUGCCUACAACCAGUUGCUCUCAUUCCCUGCCAGUAAGCUAAGUAAGCUGGAACUGCUGGAGGAGCUAAAUUUAAGUGGCAACAAACUAAAGACUAUACCCUCCACUGUGUCAAACUGUAAGAGACUGCACACCCUCAUAGCACAUUCGAAUCACAUCACUGUCUUCCCAGAGAUCCUCAACCUGCCCGAGAUCAAGCUUGUUGAUCUAAGCUGCAAUGAGCUCACUGAGAUCCAGCUGCCUGAUUCUCUGCCUGCCACUUUACAAGAGCUGGACCUGACGGGAAACAGCAGCCUGAUGCUUGAACACAAAACCCUCAAUCUCUUCAGUCACAUAACCACCCUGAAAUUAGACCAGAAAUCCACCACAACAGCAGGCGACUCACUGAGUGCCUCCACUCCAUGGAAGCAUGGCUAUUCUGAAAUGAGCGGCCAAAGGAACAAGCUAUGUGUGUCCGUACUGGCUCUAGACCACUUUAGGGAUAGCGUGGAAGCAUGCUAUGGUAUUUUCGAUGGAGACCGCAACGAGGAAGUGCCUCGGCUGUUACAGUGCACCAUGGGAGAUGUGCUAUGCGAGGAACUGCAGCACUCCAGUGUUGACAAUGUGUAUAUGUGCAACACUUUCCUCACCUCACACAGGAAACUAGGCAUGGCUGGUCAGAAGCUAGGCGCAUCUGGUCUGCUGUGUUAUAUCCACCGUGAGACUUCAGACCCAGGAGCAUCCUUUAGCCUUACUGUGGCCAACGUGGGCACCUGCCAAGCCGUGCUGUGCCGAGAUGGACAACCUGUACCUCUCUCUAAGGUUUACAGCUUGGAGAACUGCACUGAGGAAAUGGAGCGGGUUAAACUCAGUAAAGCCAUUAUUACAGAGGAUAACAAAGUGAGUGGAGUGACAUGCUGCUCUCGCCUGUUGGGCUGCUCUUAUCUGUCUCCCUGGGUGCUUCCAAAGCCCUGGGUGCACACUGAGCCACUUUGUUCCCAGGAUGAGUUCUUGAUCCUGGGGAAUCGAGCACUGUUUGAACGGGUUUCCUACCAGGAGGCUGUGUGCACCGUGCAGGCUGUAGGGGACCCUCGUGCUGCUGCUAAGAAGUUGUGUUCACUUGCCCAAAGUUACGGUUGCAAGGACAACAUCGGCGCUGUAGUGGUGUCCCUGCACAUUGGUGAGGACAGCUGUACGUGCGAGCCACCGGUCACCGUCACUGAACCACGGGGCCCCACUCCUGCUCCUGUUCCUGCGUUUACGACCCUGGGCCCCAGCGACCCAGCCACCAACCUCUCCUCCAGCAGUGGUAUUGUCACUGAGUUCAGCAGCGAGACAUCAGCUUCAGAGAUUGGCAGUGAAGCAGGGUCCACCGCUUCUGAUGAGCACCCAUCCUCUGGUACUGCAACCCGCCCAGAGAGACGCUGUAGCCUACACCCUGCUACCACACUGUGUGGUAUAAUGAUGCCAGGCUCAGGUGUGACCGGACCCCACCCAGGCCUAUUUCAGCAGCAGCCAUCCUGUACUACAUUCUCAAGUAACCAGUCUGACAACGGCUUGGACAGUGAUGAUGAAGCUCCACUUGAGGGUGUCAUCUCCAAUGGUAGCAAGUUAGAAGUGGAAGUAGACAUUCACUGUUGUGCUUUUCAACUGCGGUCAGGGGCUCAUGAGAGCCCCAAAGACUUGGAACUUGGAAAACGAGGCUCUGACCGUCCCAAUGGUAAAAUGCGCAGACAGAACAGCGUGGUGGUUUCUGCUACAAACGGCUGCCUGCUAGCUGUAUGUGGGAGAGAGAUUGCUGACCUUAAGAAAUCUCCAUCCACAUCCAGCCUGUUUGGGAAGAAGUUGUCCAAUGGCUCUGUGGUAGCCCCCGAAGACAGUCACAACCUAAUUGAGGUUGCCCUAGAGGCGCCUAAGAAAAAGUCUGGCUACUUCACUGCUCCAGCACAGCAGGACCCAGAGGACCAGCUGAUUGUGCCUCCUAGUCUGGAGCAGGAAGUCAGGGAGCAGCUACGAGGCCAGAGCCCUCUAGUCUCAGGCCCCUCUGCGCCAUCCACACCCUCCUCCUUAAAAGAUCCUGUGUGGGAUCAUCCACACCCCCCAGCAUUUCCAUCCAGCUUGGUUCCAGGUCCAGGCCCAACUCCUAUCCUACAACAGGAAGUCUAUGAUACUGCCCUCUAAGGAGGAGGAAUUAUUUGAUUGUGCCAUUCUUGGAAAGAAGAUUCUUCUCAUACACGAGGGGUAUUCCAAUUAAAGUUGUCAUUCAGAUCUUUUUUGAGAAAAAGACAAACCUGUGAUAGUCACUUGACAGUCACUAAGUGAUGCCAUUAAUGUGAGGUCAAAAAAUCAGAGAGAAUAAGGGCAAAAAAAAAAAAAAGAAUUUCAGUUCAUAACAGAAAAUUG